AUGGCUGCAGAGCAAGUUCCAGCCACCCGAGUUUUCGCCGGAGUCACCAUUCCCGAUACGCCCCUGAUCACCAAGGCCCUCGAAUUUGCGCGUAUACACUUGGAGGACUAUGCAUACAAUCAUAUCUACCGGUCCCUGUUACUUGGCUUCAUUAUUUCUGACAAGAUUCCCGAGUUGAAGGAUCGAGAUAGGGAGGCACAUGCUAUUGCAGCACUUUUACAUGACCUGGGCUGGGACUAUACAGGAAAACUCAUCUCGAAAGACCGCCGUUUCGAAGUGGACGGCGCUGAUGCGGCUCGUGAUUUUCUUCGUCGCGAAGGAGUGACGGCGGAAUGGGACAAGCAUCGUCUGCAGCUUGUUUGGGAUGCUAUUGCUCUACACACUAUUGGCAGCAUUGUCUUCUACAAAGAGCCGGAGGUGCAAGCGUGUGCAUAUGGUAUCUGGGCGGACUUUCAAGGACCCGAUCGAGUCCCUAACGGCCUCUUAACAUGGGAGGAGUAUAAUAAAGUCAUCGCCGAAUUGCCCAGGCUGGAACUGAUGAAAGGACUCAAAGGAGUCAUGUGUAACCUCUGUAUUACCAAGCCUGACACGACAUAUGACAACACCGUCGGGGAGUGGGUCGAAAGGGCAAGCUCACCCAAGAUCUCUUGGACACUUGCGAUUUGGACACUUUAUGAGACAUCACGCCACGUGGUUCUGCACAAGUAG